AAAGUAAUAGUAAUAAUUAAAAAAAUAUCAAAAAGCUUCGACCAAACACAUUAAACAUUCAACAUAAACAACAAAUAGCCAUCACCCAAAAAAAAAAAGUCUAAUUCCUCUUCCUUCAUCAUUCAUCUCAUACCAAACACACACUAAUCAAUCAAUCAAGAGAAACAAAAUUCAAUCAAAACCAAAUCAGAAAAAUGGGGAAAAAAGCCGUUUUAAUCGGAAUCAAUUAUCCAGGAACAAAAGCAGAACUCAAAGGUUGCAUCAAUGAUGUAAACAGAAUGCACAGAUGUUUACUAGAACUUUACGGCUUCGAUGAGCAAGAUAUCACCAUUUUAAUCGAUACUGAUUCAUCUUAUACUCAACCAACCGGGAAAAACAUCCGUCGGGCUCUACAAGAUUUGGUGCGAUCUGCCGAACCGGGAGACUUUUUGUUCGUUCAUUAUAGUGGUCAUGGUACUCGUUUACCGGCUGAAACUGGUGAAGUUGAUGAUACUGGUUUUGAUGAGUGUAUUGUUCCUUGUGAUAUGAAUCUUAUUACUGAUGAAGAUUUCAAAGAUUUGGUGUGCCAAGUACCAGAUGGUUGUCGAAUCACAAUAGUCUCAGAUUCAUGCCACAGCGGAGGCCUAAUUAGUGGGGCAAAAGAACAGAUAGGAGAAAGCACACAAUCCCAUUCCAAUCAAGACCAUACUGGCUCCUCACACUUCAGUCUAUCAGGCUUCUUAAAGAAUGCAGUCAGGGAGACUGUCUCUGAUGCAUUACAGUCUCGCGGAAUCCACCUCCCUCAUCAUCAAACCAGGAACUAUGAGCCCGACUACAGGGUGAUCGAUGAGGACAGCUACGAAGGCCAUAGAGGCUACGUGAAAAGUCGAUCUCUCCCCCUUUCAACCCUUAUCGACAUGCUUAAAGAAAAGACCGGAAAAGAUGACAUUGAUGUGGGGAAAAUCCGACCUACUUUAUUUGACGCGUUUGGGGAAGAUGCUAGUCCAAAGGUGAAGAAGUUCAUGAAAGUCAUACUAAACAAACUUCAUGGAGGAGAAGGGGGAACAGGCGAAUUGCUAGCUGCUGUUGGGGGACUCGCAAUGGAGUUUUUUAAGCAGAAGCUCGAGGAGAAGGAUGAGGAUUAUGCAAAACCCGCUGUAGAUGUUGAAGUGGGGAGCAAACAAGAAGUAUAUGCUGGUGCAAAUAAUCGGAAUUUACCUAGACACGGUAUACUUCUUAGUGGAUGUCAGACUGAUCAGACCUCUGCUGAUGCUACUCCUUCUGGGAAUUCUCGCGAGGCUUAUGGAGCAUUUAGCAAUGCGAUUCAGACGAUAUUACAUGAAUCCGAUGGUGAAAUUAGCAACCAAGAGAUCGUGUUAAACGCUAGGAAGCUGCUUAAGCGUCAAGGGUUCACGCAACGACCUGGGCUGUACUGCUCGGAUGACUAUGUUGAAGUUCCUUUUGUGUGCUGAGUACAUCUUGGAGCUGUCUACUUUUUCUGGUAUGAGUUCAUGCCAUGUCAAACCAUUAUAUUGAGUUUUUAUGUACAAAUAUGAUCAUUUCUUGAAGGUCAUGUGAACUUAUAUGAGGGUGAUCGGGUGUAAACAUUUCGAAGUGUUGCUUCAAAAGCAUGUGUAUUUAUUGCUCAUUAUGCACAAGUAUGGCGUCUUGAUUUUAAGGUAUGUAUUCAUGUGUUAACAUAUUCAAAUUAUAUCUCAAUUUUCAACCUCCUAUCCGACUUA